GGUGCUUCGGAAAAGCAGUAAAUGUGGACUCGCUACAAACUAAAGCGCAUCGGAAACACUCAACCAUCCUUUCCAACUGUCCCCUCGUUUUAUCAAAGAGAGAGAUGACAAGCAACAACAAGGUUGCAAAGGGGAGCACCGCGAGUUCCGGACGCGGUCCUCAAAAGCAACCCGGAUAUGUGUAUGACCCGAAGGACAACGAUACGGCGUUGAAAGAGAAAGGGAGGAGGGCAGUGUUCAAGCAUGUUCUCGAGUCGCCGUUUAACUACAAGUGGCCAACGCUCUCAGAGGCCGAUAACCAAGAUAUAAUGGAGCUGUUAUGCAGUCUGCUGGCUCCUAUCGGCACCCAUCGCCGCGCCGUCACCCAAGCACGGCACGAGUGUGCCAGAGAGAGAAAAGCCGCUCGCCAAAAGGCGAAAGCGCUUGCGAAGUUAGCGAAGGAGAAAGAGGCAUCUGCUCCAAGUGCUGCUGAUGCCACCCAAAUAUCAGCCGCCGGUGCGACACCUGCACCGCAGACGGCACUUCCGCAAACGCUGGCGGAGAGGGAGGCCGCCCAAAAGCUGUUGAAGAAGCAGAAAAAGAAGGAUGUGAGAAAUACUACUGCGGGCUCUCCGAGUUCGCGACCACUUCCGGAUGUCCCAUUCGAUUCACUGAAAGCAGCGACGGCCCCCGAUACCGUCCCACCACCCUCAAUAAUGAAAUCCAUCAUGCUCGGUUUGAACACCAUAUCAACACAGCUUACGCGUGCAUCAACAAUCUCACCCUCACAAACCGGCACGUCCGACCCAGUCAACCUCCGCCUCAUAUUUCUAUGCACGGGCGACAUGCCCUCAGUCAACCUCUACGCGCAUAUACCCACACUGACCUACCUCGCCGGCGGCGACAUACGGCUGUGUCCGCUCGCGAAAGGUGCUCAAGCGCGGUUGGCAGAUGCCCUGGGAAUGAAGAGCUGUGGGGCGCUGGGUAUCAUUAAGAACUCACCAGAGUUCGACGCGUUUUGUACUCUUGUCGCAUCGAAAGUUGAGGCCCCGGUCAUUCCCUGGCUCCCACCACCGCCAAUCGCGAAACCGGACGAAGCGCCCGCAAGCGCCCCUCCUCCAACAACCAUAGUUCCCGCCGCACCAACGGCGGCUACGACCGAGAAAGGGAUCUACCUCCCAACCCAGAUCAAAACCUUCCGGACAACAGCGCCACUGCGUGGCAGGGGCAAAGGUCGCGGGGGUGAUCAAUCAGCGCAAAGGGGCGGGAAAGGGAAUCAGGCAGGACAUAGGGGCGAUAAAGGGAGUCAGGGCGCGACAUCGAAAGGGGAUUCUGUCACCACCGCGCCCGAAAAACAGGGAAAAAGUACAGAUGAUGAUGUGCAGAAAAGUGAUGGACAGGGGAAAGCCCAGGGGAAAGCCCAGGGAACAGGGAAACAACAGAAGCAGCAGAAGAAUCAAGGCGGGAAGAAAGAGGGUACGGUGGGUGGGGAAGGAACCGACGGGAAGCGACAGGGCGGCGGUGGAAAACGGAAAGAGCCACCUACGAGCGAGAGAGAACGGAGCGAAGUGUCGGGUAAGAAAGCCCGGCAAGGCGAGUCGGUUAUGGCGAUUGAACCAGAGGAUAAGAUGCAAGUUUAGGAUAGAG